AUGUCCGACUAUGACUUCCGCCCCGGGGGGUCGUUGAAGUUGAAGGGUGGUGUCACUGAGGGGGGUAUUGUGAAGAAGUGGAAGUCCCAUUCCAAAGUCGAGAAAGAACGCGAACGGGAAAGAGCGGAAGAUACGCUGCGCAAAGAGGAGGAACGGAGUCGUUCAGGAACUCCCUCAGGCAGCAACAAGGACCUUCCAGCGGUUUCCGGUAGCAAUGAGAAGAAAACCGAAGCCGAGAAACGAUUCGAAGCUAUCCAGCGCCAACGGAUGGCUACUCGUGUGGCUAAGCUCGCCAACAAAACUCACAAGGACCGAGUUAACGAGUUCAACGCCAAACUAGAGGCCCUGAGCGAGCACCAUGACAUCCCCAAAGUAAUCCCAUCCUCUCGGAUUCUCGCCACCUCACUCACCACUCUCGCAGGUUGGGCCAGGAUAACACCGAGCGGGUGUUCUCGAAUCAGCUUGUUGUUGCGUGGGUGGCGGCAUUUGCUUGCAGGGUACAGUACACUACUUCCAGGCGGUCCUUGGUCCUCGUGUUCGUCGCCUUGGGGCUGUCAUGUAUUUUGCGAAUGCUCCUUGUAUGAUAGCUUGGAAAACGUGCGAAUCAUUCGUGUAAUCUCCAAUCUCGGGAGUUCAAAUAGACAUGACGAAGUCCAAUCAGAGUGCUUCUUUGCUCCUACCCUCAACAAGGCUCGCUUGCUGGCGCUGCGAUGA